AUGGCCGGUGCGAUGUUAUUUGAGAGAUCACGAGUCUCAUCGUCGAACAGAGACGAAGACGUACGCAUGACUGACAAAAUGGUUAGCACUGGAGAACUUCCCGAAGAUGACGAGGAAAAUAUUAGAGCAAAGGAGCAAGGCAUAUUAAACCUUGGCGAGAAAUAUAAGAAAGAAGGCAAAGCUAAGGAACUCGCUGAAUUGAUAAAAGCAACGAGACCGUUCCUCAGUCUGAUAAGUAAGGCUAAGGCUGCAAAAUUGGUUCGGUCCCUCGUGGAUUUCUUCUUGGAUUUAGAAGCUGGUAUUGGAAUAGAGGUUCAACUGUGCAAAGAAUGUAUAGAAUGGGCCAAAGAAGAACGUCGUACGUUCUUGAGACAAUCUCUCGAAGCCAGGCUCAUCGCACUUUACUUCGAUACCGGUAUGUACACAGAGGCUUUAGAUUUAGCCACUGCACUUUUGAAGGAAUUAAAGAAGUUAGAUGAUAAGAAUUUAUUAGUGGAAGUACUGCUUUUAGAGAGUAAAACUUAUCAUGCACUUAGUAAUUUACCCAAGGCCCGUGCAUCUUUGACAUCUGCAAGAACCACAGCAAAUGCCAUCUACUGUCCUCCUAAGAUGCAGGCAGCACUUGAUUUGCAAUCUGGAAUUCUCCAUGCUGCAGAUGAGCGUGAUUUUAAAACUGCUUACUCUUAUUUCUAUGAGGCCUUUGAAGGUUAUGAUGGUGCAGACAGUCCUAAAGCACUAACUGCACUUAAAUAUAUGUUGUUAUCUAAAAUAAUGCUUAAUCAAGCUGAAGAAGUUUCCACUGUUUGUAGUAGUAAAACUGCCCUUAAGUAUGCAGGCAAAGAAUUAGAAGCUAUGAGAGCUGUGGCUACUGCAUCACACAAGAGAUCUCUUGCCGACUUCCAAGCUGCAUUAAAAACUUACAAACCAGAACUUGAAGAGGAUGCAGUGGUGAGAGCUCAUUUGGGGGCUCUAUAUGAUACUAUGCUGGAACAAAACUUAUGUCGCAUUGUAGAGCCAUAUAUGCGUGUUCAAGUAGAUCAUGUAGCCAAAUGUAUCCGUCUGCCAGUUGUUCAAGUAGAGAAAAAACUAUCCCAAAUGAUCCUUGAUAAGAAACUAAAUGGAAUUUUGGACCAGGGAGAAGGUGUAUUGAUUGUCUUUGACGAGUCCCCUCUCGAUAAGACCUAUGAAACUGUUCUAGAAACCAUCCAUCAUAUGAGCAAAGUUGUUGAUACCCUCUAUCAGAAAGCGAAGAAACUUUCA